UCGUCGCCAGGAAAUUAAAACAACUCUCUUUUCGCUUUAUUAUAUAAUAUAUUCAAAUGGAGUAGUAGUUUAACACUAGCAGUUUAACACAGAAUGUCUCUUUAUAUUGCAACACUUACAACUUUGAUAAUCCAGCAAUAUUUUAAUAAAUUUCACUGUGUUUUUAAUAUUGGUGGGUUAAAUAUUGCAAGCAAUGAAAUAGUUACAAUUCAAACUUCCUUAAAUAACGCUUUAAAUUUCACAUUGUUUGAGCGAUUUAAAUGUCCAGUUUUUAUAAUUCAAAGUGAAGAUCCAGGAAAUGAUGUAGAAGUAAUUGAAAACGAAUUACAAUUAAACCGAGUGUUUAGAUUCAACCUUAGAUAUUAUUUAUUGGUACAUAAAAGUUCAACUGUUAAUGUUGAGACUUUUUUUCAACGUAAUGUGUUUGAUACAAUCGUUAAUAUGUUGUUGAUUGUUGAAAAAGAUGAUUGCGCGCUAUUUUAUACUCACAGGUAUACAGGAAGUACGCCAUUGGAGACUAUAUUCAUUGAUAAACUAUGCAACUCCUCAAACAUAAAUUCAUUGAAUUUAUUUCCAAACAAACAAGAUGAUUUAAAAAGAAGGAAUCUUACUAUUGCAACGUUUAAUUUCUCUCCGUAUGUUAAUAUAGAAAAGAACAGUGGAUUUGAACAUUCUAUGAUUAAUGCGUUUUGUUUAAAACAUAACUAUACCAAGAAUUUGAAGAUAAAUCCUGAAUUAUGGGGACAUUUAUACGAUAAUGGUACAGGCGAUGGUACUCAAUGGGAUGUGGUUCAAGGACAUGCUGACAUUGGAUCUGGUGGAUUUUUUCGGAACAGAUUCGAUUAUAGAACUGAUACAACAACGGUUAUUUCACGAGUUGGGUUAAACUUCCUGGUACCAAGACCUGUAUUAGACGAUGGUCUUGAAACGCCAUUACGUCCAUUUGAUUUUGUUGUGUGGAUUGUGUUGCUGGUUGCUAUAGUUGUUCUUGCUGUCGUGACCACAAUACUACAUAAAAUAAACAAACGCGAGAUAACGUCGUUGACGGUUUUAGGAUUGUUUUUGCAGCAGCCUAGCCAUCUACCCAUGAGAAUGUAUUUAACUUACAGCGGAAUACUAUUGAUUGUUAUAUUUUACAAUUGUGGAUAUGCUAGUCUCAUGACAAGACCAUCAUAUUUGCCGUACAUUUCGACUGGAAAAGCAUUGGAAAACAGCAAUUUACCAUUUAUACUUGCUACAAGUGGCUAUAUUACAAGCCUAGAUAAAAUGCAAUAUCCAAAUAUUAAAACUAAAUAUACUAAAGCUGAUCCUGAUAAAUUAUCACAAAUCCUCGCUAAGUCUACCAAAGUAUCAAUAGCAAUUGAUCAUUUAAACUUAGGUUAUGCCUUUUGUGAGUAUGAUACUGUACUCAAAAUGGAUACCUUAGAGAAAUUUACAGUACUGAAAGAAGAUAUGUCAUUUGCAUACGGAGUGUUUGCAUUUUAUAAGAAUUCCGUAAUUUUACCAUUAUUGGACCAUUUUAUAUUGAACUUGCAAGAAUAUGGUUUGGAUAAUUUCAUUAUGGCAGAAUCUUUCAGGGAAUUAAGCUAUGAAGGACGAGUGUACAUGCAUGCACUUAAUCAACGUCAAGGAUCAAGUCCACGAUAUUUUAACAUUCGAACAUUGUCGGGUGCAUUUUUAAUUUUAUUGUUAGGAUUAUUAAUUGCUACAAUUGCUUUUAUAUGUGAAGUUACAAUGUGUACAUUUUGUUGUUAAAAACAGGUUGAAUUAGA